AUGAAGCCAGCACAGAUCAGAUUCUCUCUACAGAGACCUCUACAGCACACAGAUCCAGACAUGGCACCUACAAUCACUGCAGCAAUGACCAAUUCUCAGGAGCAUCUCACUCUGACCCACAAGCUCAGAAAGCCUCUGGUGGAGAAGUUACGCAGAGAGCGAAUCAACAGCAGCAUUGAGCAGCUCAAGUCUCUCCUGGGUCCAGAGUUCCUCAAACAGCAGCCAGACUCCAAGCUGGAGAAAGCAGACAUCCUGGAGAUGACAGUUUGUGUCCUGACACAGCUGCAGCAGCAGCAUCAACAGCAGAGAAGACUGCUGAACCACUUCAACAAGCUGCAGUCUUCCUCUGAUAACAACCUGACAGAGGCUGACUUCUCUCCUCUGAGCUCCACAGUCCAGACCAGCAUCACCAAAGAACAGAGUCCAGUCAACAGCGCCCUCUGGAGGCCGUGGUAGACACCUACAGACUGGAGCUACUACCAGACAAACUCAGAUGACCAUAUUGGUCAAAGAUUACUGGAAAUGAAUUCUUCUGAAUUCUGACAUUUGAUGAACUUGUUCUUCUGUUUUACAGAAGGUUUUAUUUUGUGUGUUUUCCUGAGGAAAUGACAACAACAAUAUCUUUCAAAUUAAGAAAGAGAACUUCUUAUCAUGCAUGUUGCAUGAACCAAAUCUGAUUGCAUCAGCAAUUAUUAUUAUUAUA